UGGAUCAGUAUAUGAUUCAUCAUAAUAUGAGAAUAUUUUUUAAUCAGCUUUUAGUAUAAAACCAACCUCAAAAUUUGGGCCAACCUCUUGGUCAAGUACAUGAGCGGGGCACCAUAAAACUUGGUGGACCGUGAAACUACUUUAAUCGUGCAGUUUAAGCUUGUGCAUUCUAGGAACAAAUGCCAUAUUUCUUCUAUACUUGGAAAGAAUCUAAACUUAAGAUGGUGAAGGCACUCCUUGAUACAGAGUCAUACAGUAAAACACAUGAGUUCUUAUUUUUAGGUAUUUUAGAAUUCAGAUAUCGUAGAUCAUGAUCAUCAAUAUGCAACUUCAGUAUAAAAGAUACAUCACUGACAUAUAAUUUAGCUGAGAUUGCAAGCCUUUCAAAUGAAUAAGAAAUUAAACUUCAGAUUGUAGUGUUGGAAGAACAUUUUACAAUCAGCCAAUUUUUGAUGAACCCAUGUAAGCUGCAUAAUUCUUUUCAGGAACACAUCCCUUAUUAUUUUGGCCUUCUCUUAAUAGCAAUGUUUAUUCCUAUUGUUUCAGUGCAUUAAGAUCUCAGUUGUUAGAAAAAGAGCGUGGGGUGAAUUCAGAUGUGAAAGUGAAGAAGGAGAAGUGGUAUUGCCAUAGCAUGGGUAUCGAGAGGGAGAUCACAGCAUUGCAGUUAGAGGAAAAGAAGCUGGUCGCGGAGAUAAAAAGGACAGCCAAAACUGGAAAUGAGGCUGGAACUAAAAUUUUAGCCCGUCAGCUUGUCAGAUUAAGGCAGCAAAUUUCUAAUUUACAAGGUAACCGAGCUCAGAUGCGUGGUAUAGCAACCCACACACAGGCAAUGUAUGCCAACACUUCAGUGGCUGCUGGCAUGAAAGGUGCAGGCAAGGCAAUGGGAGCUAUUAAUAAGCAAAUGGCACCUGCAAAGCAAAUGAAGAUUAUGCAAGAAUUUCAAAGACAGUCAGCACAAAUGGAUAUGACAAGUGAGAUGAUGGCAGACUCCAUUGACAAUGUAUUAGACAAUGAUGAAGCUGAAGAAGAGACUGAGGACGUAACAAAUCAGGUUCUAGAUGAAAUUGGCGUUGAUAUUGCAUCACAGUUAUCAUCGGCUCCCAAGGGAAAAGUUACAGGGAAGAACGUUCAAAGUGCUGAAAGCUCGGAGAUGGAUGACCUUGAGAAGAGGUUGGCUGCACUCAGAAGCUCAUGAGUUGAGGACUUCAUUUAUUUGUAUUCAGAUCUCAUUUCCUGAUUUACUCGGCACUUCAUGAGGUUUAUAUAGUAUGUAGAGGUGAAUACACAUUGUGCUCAGGAUACCUGUGUAAAUAGUAACUGCAAAUUCAAUGUGAGUGAGCAUGGAUGAAUCGAAUGUUGGAAUGUGCUUGAACCCCCAGAUUGCCAGUCAAUUGGGUAUGAGAAAAGUUUGGUGGGAUCGCACUGCUAGUUUGAUAAAUAUCACAGGGCCAUACAUUGCUACUCUUGAUUGGCCAAGAGGAA